UUGAUCAGCUGAGUGGAUAAAAAGCGUUUAGGAGGCGAAUAACAAUUAGAAUUUCUCUUAUUUUCAUUGAACUAACAAGUAGAAACGUCAUUCUUAUAAUAGGCUGAAAAAUGUUUCAAAAUACAAUAAGGCAUAUCAACGUUUUAUCAAAAAGAAAACUUCCUAUUAUGAGUUUUACACGUACCAAAGCAGCGUACGAAGGAGAGGGCAAGACGACUGUGAGAGUUCUGAACAACGAAUAUGACCUCGGACUAAUGAUUGACUCUUUUGCUACUUAUGGCUUCAAGUUAAACAACGGCAUCACAGUUUUAGGACCUAUGGCCAUAUUUCCAAGAACGGUAUUAUCUUGGCAAGUCGCAGAUUCGGAUGACGUCACCGAGGAGUCCCUGAAGCUGUUCAAACUGCUCGAGCCUAGAAUCGAUCUGCUUAUCUUAGGCUUGGAUACGACGGAUCGUUCGAAAAUAGACAAAGCAUUCAGGGCGGCCCGCGCGAACGAAUUGAACAUCGAAAUCUUGGCAACAGAACAUGCCUGUUCCACAUUCAACUUCCUGAACGCAGAGGGCAGAUCCGUGGCUGCUGCCCUGAUACCACCGUUCAAAGUCAACAUGAACGAAGACGAUAUGCUUGAAGUGAAGAUGCACUACAGUGAUAUAUUCCAGAAAGGAUUCUCGAAGCCUUCAGGGAAAUAAAGAAAAUCACUGGCAACACUGUGUAGUGUGUGUAAAAGUAGGGACUUUUGUCGGGAGCACGCAAAGCGGUUUGCUGUUUUAUUUAGUCAAUUUAGAUUACUGAUUUGAACGUGUAAUGGUCGAUUAAGAAAUGUUUCCUCAUUGAGAAAAUUCUCGAGCGUAGAGAAAUUGUUAAAAACGCUUCUUUUAUCGAAAAAUCUAGGGAAAUAUAUACAAAAAUUCCCGACAUUUUACCGAUGUAUUUUUUCUUACUUAACAGUGUUAUAAAUUUAGUAUAUAAAAUAAAUAAAUAACACAAAUACAAAAGUUGCAUUAAAAGUUAAUUUUUUUAAAGUUACUUUUAACACAUAAGAUGUGCUGCAAAAACCAGGAAUAAAGUAACUAAUAUUUUAUAAUAACUAUGGAGGAUAGAAGUAAACCUCCACCAUCUCAGUAUUUUAAAAAGUGUCCCUGAAAGGGUGCGAAUUAAGAUGGUGCCACAGUAGCAAGUGGAAGGAUUUUAGACAGUGCCAUUACUUACCCCACUUCACUUCAACCCGGCACACUUUGCUCUGUUUAAAACUGCUAUAUGCAUAUCAUUUCCACAUCCUACAUUAGCGCUAUUUCGCUGAGUCUUCCAAGGACUGGAUGUUUACAGAUGGACGCUUUUUCAAUUAAUCCCCUAUACAAGAUGGGGCUCUUUACACCUACCCUCCAUAAUAUUAAAUGUGAUAAGGGCUUUUCUGUAAGAAACCGCUCCGAGAGCGUCCCGCUGUCGAAUUGCUGGUUCAUUUUUGUCACCGAUAUCUCGUUUUAGAGCUCAUAGACGUCACACCGAGAAGCCUAAAGGCUAUUUAUGAAUCUAGCGGUAGAGAGUGAUUCACGGGUUCUAUACACUCUGGUAAACAUAUGAUUAUAACAUAACUAAGUUAUGUUUAAAGCUGUUUUCCUUAAUACUUGCUUUCUCUGUUAACUAAUUGUGUUUAUGUAAAUAUUAGUUGAAUAAAGACAUUG